AUGUCUUCCCAACCCCUUCUCCAGACCUCCCAAGGCAAGCGCAUCGCCCUGCCCACCCGAGUCGAACCGAAAGUCUUCUUCGCCAACGAGCGAACGUUCCUGUCAUGGCUCAACUUCACCGUCAUCCUGGGCGCCUUGGCCAUUGGAAUGCUCAACUUUGGUGAUCGCGUGGCCUUCAUUUCGGCCUUCCUCUUCACCGGCGUGGCCAUGCUGACCAUGCUGUAUGCGUUGGUGACGUACCAUUGGAGAGCAAAGUCAAUACGAAUGAGGGGUCAGGCCGGGUUCGAUGACCGAUUUGGCCCGACUUUCCUGGCCAUUAUUUUGUUGUUGGCCGUCGUGGUGAACUUUGUGCUGCGUAUCACGGAUCACUCGAACAAGCAGAAGCACAACUAG